CGCUGCCAGUUGGCAAUUGUCGGCGGUGGCGAUCGGUGUUCAGUGUCCAGUGUCCAGUGUCCAGCAAUCGGGGAUCGGUCAGUGCCAAGCGCGAUCAUCGUCAACAGGAUCCAGAGCAGGUUGACCGUAAAAAGCAGAAGUUUUCAGAGAAGAAUGAGUGCCGAGACGACCAUUGGCCUGGAUGGCUUUCCCCCCCUGGAGCCGCUGACGACCAUUUCUCCGCCGGCGGACGAGAGCGGCUUCUCGCAAUCGCUGUUGACCCUCGCCGCGGUCCUGACCUUCCUCAUCAUGGUCGUCGGCAUCUGCGGCAACCUGCUGACCGUGGUGGCACUGCUGAAGUGCCCUAAGGUGCGCAACGUGGCCGCCGCCUUCAUCAUCAGCCUGUGCAUCGCCGACCUGCUCUUCUGCGCCCUGGUGCUGCCCUUCCAGGGGCUGCGCUUCAUCCAGGGCACGUGGCGGCACGGCCAGGUGCUCUGCCGGCUGAUCCCCUUCAUCCAGUACGGGAACAUCGGGGUCUCGCUGCUGUGCAUCGCCAUGAUCACCAUCAACCGCUACGUGAUGAUCACCCACCACGGGCUGUACGCGCGGAUCUACAAGCGCCACUGGAUCGCGGCCAUGAUCGCCGCCUGCUGGCUCUUCUCCUACGGGAUGCAGCUGCCCACGCUGCUGGGCGAGUGGGGCCGCUUCGGGUACGACCCCCGCCUCCAGACCUGCUCCAUCAUGACCGACGAGCACGGGCACAGCAGCAAGACCACGCUCUUCAUCACGGCCUUCGUCAUCCCCUGCCUGGUGAUCAUCGCCUGCUACGCCAAGAUCUUCUGGGUGGUGCACAAGUCGGAGCAGCGGCUCAAGCGGCACGCCACCAAGCAGAACUCGAUCCCCAACAACCUGCGCCCGCUGGCCAGCUCCGAGUCCGCAGCAGGAGCGGGAGCACUCUCCUCGGGUGUGGAGUGCCCGCCGAGCGUGGGCAACAGGGUCUCCUCGGACAGCAGCAGCAGCUUCUCCGUGGACACCCCGGAGUCGGCGCCGGGGGGCAAGCAGCAGCCCUCGAGGGUGAAGGACCAGAGGGAGGUGCGCGCGAAGCGGAACGAGUGGCGCAUCACCAAGAUGGUGCUGGCCAUCUUCCUGUCCUUCGUGGUCUGCUACCUGCCCAUCACGAUCGUCAAGGUGGCGGACAAGAACGUGGAGCACCCCAGCCUGCACAUCUGCAGCUACAUCCUGCUCUACCUCUCGGCCUGCAUCAACCCGAUCAUCUACGUGAUCAUGAACAAGCAGUACCGCAAGGCCUACAAGACGGUCGUCUUCUGCCAGCCCGCCCGCCUCCUCCUGCCCUUCGGGAAGGCGAACGGGGCCAGCAGCGCCGCAGAGAAAUGGAAAGAUACCGGGUUGAGCCACAACCACAGCCGCACCGUCGUCUCCCAGAUGUCGGGGGGAUCGGGAUCGGGAUUGGGAACGCCAACUCCAAUGGCGCAAGCGGGAACGGGAACGGUGACCCAGGGCACAGUGGCAAACCAGCAGUCGCAGCAGGGCCUGGAGCUGAUGUCGCGGGCACCCGACCUCAUACUCAAGAUGAAUCUCCCGCUGCCGAGUGCUACGCCCCCGCCCCCAGUCGCCAUGGCGACGGCCAACGGGAGCAGCAGCAGCAGCAGCAGCAACCUGCGACUGCCCCUCAAGAAGAACAAUCACUCCUACACCAACAGCGGCUUCAACAGCAGCAGCAGCAGUCCCAGUCCAAGCGGGAUGGGGAUGGGAUUGGGACUGGGACUGGGACUGGGGAUCAGCAGCAGCAGCAGCAGCAGCUCCAUUUACCGGCCAGGAGUUGGCUCGCUGGGGAGCGGCUCCUCCUCGAUCCGGCGCAUAACGAUGGUGGGCGACGACAUCAUUCUGGAGGAGGAGGAGCUGCCGCCGACGCCGCCGGCCACGUCGGCGCCCUCCACGCCGGCUCCCCCGCCCCCCUCAGCCCCAAUGCAUCCUCUCUCUACGGCCGCAGCAUCAGCCACAUCAGCCAGAGCAGCAACAACGGGAGGAUCGGCGACUCCGCACAUCUACAUGAACGUGGACAGCCCGAAGAGAAGCCAAUCCUUCGCGGAUCGUAACUCGGUCGCCGCUGCGCCGGAGGGCAACUCCUCACCGGCAAACUCAUCGGCAGCCGCCUCCGUUUCCGGCUCCAAGCUGACGGCCAAGAUGAAGUUCCCAAAAGACUAACGAAUGCUUUAAUUCCAAAAAUCGUUUCCGUUUCCGAAGAAACAGCAAACAUGCAUGGCAUUGUGGAUCGGUAAACAGAAUGUAGAAGGUGUUGCAGUUCGAUGCGAUGCCACGCCCCCUAUCGUAAGCAGCUCCCCGUAGAUAUCGUUGUUUAAGUCAAAGUACAUGCCAAAUAGCGAGGAAGAGGGUCCAACCAGUGCCAUAGGUGUCCCCUAGACUCUGCCCAUUCAAAGAAGAUUGGUUUUGUCAUCUGAAGUUGUACAGGAACACAACUUUGGCUCUACACUGAGCAUGCAUGUAACCUUUCGAAGCAUCAUUUCACCCGACAUUACCUAGUGCUAGUUGUAGAUUGUAGAUAAUUAUGGUCGCCCACGCUUAGUAUUAACCCCGUGCACUAUCCACUCGAUCCACUAUAGAGUGGAUCCCUAUCCCUAUCCACCCGAAGCAAACUUCUACUGCAAACGAGCAUUGGCUUUUCCGCACUGCUCCCAACACAAACAUUCCACUCCAACGAAGGCCUCUGUAAAUGAACCUGUUGUUAGUCCACCCCAAGCACUCCAUUCGAAAGACGACAGAGCAAUCGAAUAUGAAUAUAGACACAUAUGUUUACACAAAUAAACAACACUUCUAAUUUA